CUUCAUUAUGCUAUCGUCCUGUGCUGGCGCCUUCGGUCAUUUGUCUCAGGCCAACUACAAUGCUGGAAACACAUCCGGAAUGCCCUUGCUCGACACCGGACCUCAGUCGGCAUGCCCGCCGUAUCGAUCGACCUAGCUGUAGUUAAGUCAGCUGGGUUUGUAGCUGGGGCAGAUGCCGCAGAGUGAGCGCAUUCCGAAGAGUUUAGGCGAGGAUGUCCUCGAAAUUGACCACGUCCUGGGGAUCAUCGAGACUGCCAUCCGAGAGCCGUUGCGGGCCUCCUGAUGAUAGUCAGAUCGUCAGCUGCCUGGCUCGUUACGGGUCCAUCAUUGAAGGCUCAGCAAGUAAGCGAGAUCGCCGAUUCGCAACGGUGAGGAUGUCGGACCGGACUACCGUCUCAGAUAGACUAGCAGCAGAGAAUACGGCAUAUGCCACCACUGUGCUGAUCCAGACGCUUUCAAGUAGCGGUGUUUCGCUGGUGGAUGCGGUGUAGGCGAUGAUCGCUCAGGCGAUCAUUGGCAAGCUAGCAGAGAUUUUCAAUAUUGCGAUGGCCGAGAUCGACGCCACCUUGCCAAUGUCGCACUACAGUGUCGACUCGUUGGUCGUAGUAGAGUUGAGAAACCGGCUGGGAAGUGCCGCAUAUGCCAAUGUACCCAUCUUCACCAUUCUCCAAACCCCCUCACUCACCGAAUUUGCCUCAUUGGUGGCCUCAACUAGUGAGUUUUUGAAGAUAGAGGUGUAAGGAGGGUAUGGAGUAAAUAUACAUGUUUAGCAAAUUGCGAGGGUAUAUGGCUGGACAUGUAACCCAAAAAAGCAACAGGGCUAGAGGGGUUG